UCAUUCUGGGUCUCGUUUGCGCUGAUUUUGUGUAUUUUGUGAUUCAUAUUCAUAAUUUUUCAGAAGUCUUAUUUUGAAACUAUUUAUCAAAUUAUUUAACGAACUUGUUCAAAAUGAGAUACAAUUAUUAAAAGUAAUGACUUGACUUUGGACAUAAUUCUUUAAUUUAUUAAACCGGAACGAAAUAAGGAUGGAGAAUAAUCUAAGUCGUAGUGGCAGUCGAUCGAGCUCCGUUUGUGAGCUUGAAAAAGAUUUUAGUGAUAUGGAAAUUAUGAAAAGUAGGACAAACCGACGUAACGUAAUGCUUCGAACACAACCAGCGCGGAAAGCGAAACGAGUCAGGUUUUUUCGAAAUGGUGAUAAAUUCUAUUCAGGAGUUAUAAUCCCAGUCUUGCCAGAAAGAUACAGAUCUUUUGAUAGUUUAACUGCCGACUUGACUAGGGUGCUAGUGGACAAUGUCACACUUCCCAGUGGUGUCAGGACAAUAUACUCUCUUGAGGGUAGAAAAAUAGGUAAAUUGGAUGAUUUAGAAGAUGGUCAGUCAUAUGUGUGUAGUGGUUUUGGUGAGCCCUUCAAACGCCUGGACUAUGAAGCCAGUGCAGUGACACCUCAGUCCUUCAGAUUGAGUGGCCCAGAAUCAUUAAAUGACAGUUCAAGCCCAUCUCCAGCUAGAGCAAACAACCGGCUAUCCCGAUAUUUGCAGGCAAAUGGUAGUAGUACUACCGGCAACGGGACAGCACGCGUUAGCCCAGCCGGAGACAAUGUAGUUCGACCACGUAUAGUUACUAUUAUUAGGAAUGGAGUGAAACCUCGCAAGGUGUGCCGACUGUUGCUCAACAAACGCAACAGUCCGACAUUGGAGCACGCACUUGCAGCGAUCACAGAAUGCAUCAAAUUGGACACCGGCUGUGUACGCAAAGUGUUCACGCAGUCGGGCACGGCUGUCACGGCGUUACAUCAGUUUUUUGACGAUGAAGAUGUGUUUUUUGCAUACGGAAAUGAAAGGGUUAAUCAAGAAGAUUUUGAAUUAGAAUUCGAAGAGAGUAGAGCUGUUUUACAAUGUAGAAAGACACCAAUCACUAGAAAUUCAAGAACGGGACCAAAGCCUCGCAUGCCCGUGAAGGCGGGCGGCGGCGCAGCUCGAGCAGCCAGUGAAGCGGGCGGCGGCGCGGCCGGAGACGCAACCGAAGACGGUGCAGCUCCGCUUCUACCGCAACCGUUGCGGCUCAAAUACAGUGUUGGCAAAAUAAUAGGAGACGGCAAUUUCGCUGUUGUGCGAAUUUGUAAAGAUAAAACAACUAACAAAGAAUAUGCCCUCAAAGUUAUAGACAAGGCUAAAUGUAAAGGCAAGGAGCAUUAUGUGGAAGCAGAGGUAAGAGUAAUGCGGAAAUUAUGCCACCCUCGCAUAGUAUCAUUGAUCGAAGAACAAGACAGUCCUGAGUGGCUAUUCCUUAUUAUGGAGCUAGUUAGUGGUGGCGAUUUAUUUGAUAGUAUCGCGGCUGCUUCCAAAUUUUCUGAGCCACAAGCUCGUUUGCUAAUUGGCCAUCUAACAUCAGCUAUCGCAUACCUACACUCGCUUUCAAUAGUGCAUCGUGACAUCAAACCCGAGAAUCUAUUGGUGGAAGUAGGCUCGGAUGGCUGUAUACGUGGAUUGAAGCUGGCUGACUUCGGCCUAGCAGUGGAAGUUUGGCGACCUUUACACGCCGUAUGCGGUACACCUACUUACGUAGCUCCCGAGAUUUUAUUAGAGACAGGAUAUGGACUAAAGAUUGAUGUAUGGGCCGCUGGUGUUAUACUGUACAUACUGCUCUGUGGAUUCCCUCCAUUCUCGUCUCCUGACGGUGACCAAGAAAAGUUAUUUGAUGCCAUUUUAUCGGCACGACUUGAGUUUCCCGCACCGCACUGGGAGCGGGUGUCAGCUGGUGCUAUUGAUUUGGUGGCGAACAUGCUUCGACCGCAACCGGAAUUGCGCUUUGCUGCCGAAGACGUCCUCGAUCACGCCUGGAUGGCGGAUGACUAUGAUGAGAGCUGUGACUUCCGUACAUGGUACGACGAGGAUUCCUCAUAGCUGUGCGAAAAGUAUGCGGCCACUCGGUCGUGACGACGCCGCCACGUGGCCGCCACUCGCACCCGCCUAUGCCUCAGCCCGCGCUGUAGCUUUAGCGCCUAGUGCUGGGCGAUGCAGCAGUGUAUGCCUUUCAACACAUUAACACCAAUACCAAAGCUUAAAUUUAACAUAUUCCUUAAACAACCGUAUUGCAUGUGCAGUGUUCGUGGUAUUUAUACCUUCAGUUACUUUCAAAUCGCGAACUCCAGUGCAUAUAAUUGUUUAAUUUUCGUAUUUCGAUACAACAGAUUUAAGGCACCUGGAAAUAAUUUUCCAAACGGGAUUAAAUGAUUGUUCCAUCCUACAUUAGAUAAGGAUCAUUAAAAUCUAGUGUAUUACUAUAGGAUUGUAAGUUAAUUGGGCAACAAAUUAAUUGAAAUAUAUUAUUAUAAAAAACUUUAAGUGGGUUCAAAAAUCUACAGUUUGAUGAUUUAUUAAUAUUUCAACCUAGACUUCUCCAAGUUAUACCCUACCUGUACCGCAUGGUGUAGCUGGUAGUUGUCAUAUUCAGCAAAUGAAUUGCCGAAAAUGCUAGAUGACUGUUAGAUUGACUUGAAUAAUCUCACUAAACUAAACUUCUAUAAUGUCAAAUCUGUCACCGGCACCAUGCUACAGCGCCCAAAGGAAGUCAAUCCUUUAAUAUUUUAUUCGCCCGAUAUAAUUAUUAUCGAUCACUUUAAGGCUGAUAAGCUACUUUAGUAUUAUUUGUGUUUUAUUUCCCAUUCAGCUAUCAGCCAGUAAGUACAAUAUGAUUUAUAAAUUCGUACAUUAUUCUCGCAAUUUCGAAAGAUCUCCCUAUACUUCGUUUAUAAUUUGUUAUCUUUUCAGUUUUAGGUAUGAAUACUUUAGGUCUAAAGAAAUUAUAAUAUUUAUAAACAAAUGUUUUUAUUUUAUGAUAAUAUUCUGUAAUAUAUGAGUAAUAUAUGUUAUUUAAUUAUUUUAAUGAAUUCAUAUUUACAAGUGUAAUGCGCAAUCAUAAAAUAGUUUUUGUAUCAUAUGAAUUGCUUAUAGGCAUGUAUCAAUCGCUGUUGCUUCCAUUGUAACCAUACCACUCGCAUUUCCAUUAUGGCUGCAUUUAAAGUACUAAUUAUAUCCACCGUUCAAUAGAGUUAUUUAUACCAGUUACUUUCUAUAUUGACGAUUGACAGUUUUAUAAAUAAUGUUCAAAUUGUUUCUUACUAACUUUAUAGUGACAUUAGAAUUUAUUACAGUGAUGUAGUGACAAUAUAGGUGCUUUUGAUACGGUGCUUGUAGAAGCAGUGAAAAUAAGUUUGUCGAGAUUAAAAAUUAUUACAUUCAUUUUUGUGAAUUUAUGAUAUCACAUUAACAGUCACUACAUCUAUUCGAAAAUAAAAUAAUAUUAAUUAUCCCAUGGGUUGGGAAUUGUAUGUUUAGGGAUAUUGUAUAUUGUUUAUUAUAAUCAUGCACACUGAACACCAUGUAAGUGCCAAAAUAUUUUCAUAUCAUUCAAUAUGUUCAUAUUGUUUUUAAUAAUGUUCCUUUCAAAUAGUUAAUUAUGUGUACUUAGUAUAUAAUUAUUUUGCUUAUUGAAAUGCUCCAUAUGAGUUCAAACACUGAAAAUAUUCACAUAAUUGAUUUAAUUUUUAUUAAGGUGAUCAUACUCUAAUGGAGAAAGUAUGUUCUCACCUAAGACUACAGCGCAAAAUAUUUAUUUUACUUUUUUAUGACUUUGCAUUAUAAAAUACAUAACUCUAAAUGUUCACCCUUCUGCCAUCAUCCCCUAUUUUUUAAUAGCAAUAUUAGUAUGUCAAAACUAAAUUUACUAUGAUUGAAGAAUUAUAAAAUAGUUAUUAUGCCGUCCAGUUUCACUAUGAAAUUUGCAGAUCUCAGCUCUCUAUACUCGAAAGGUAUCAGAAGAAACAGAGAACUCACUUUACUUCUAUGUGUUUGAGCACAGAUGGAGCUAUUGUUUCUAAAACAUGAAAUACAACCCAUGUAUUAGACUGAUUUACAUUCCUCACAGAUUCCAAAAGUACAUAAUAUGGUCCUACUCAUUAAACUGAGAACAUGUUUUUAUACUGUAAUAUUAAAAACAAAUUGUGUAAAUCUGGAAAGACUAUUUAAUAUAAGUAGUUUGUAUUGUCAAUUUUACUACUAUGGAUGCUAUAAAUGAUAUAGAUGAUAUUUCGAAUGUUUUUAUAAAAUCUUUGACAAUUUUAUGUGAAUAUGAAAUUCUAAUAUGAUGCAAUAAUGUAAAGAAACAAUUUAUGAAUGUGUUAUUACAACGAAAUAUAAAGCAUAAGAUACUAUACAUACUGUUAUAAAAGAAAUGUAUCAAAUUUUGCUUAGUGUGUGUAGUUCUCCCAUUACAUCUGUAACAUUUUCAUUAGAAGAACUGGUUUUCUUUAUAGUAAUAAGACACCAUGUCAAUCACACUGUUCAUAAAAUUUUAUAAUGCAUUUAGAAUAUGGUAUGUGCAUUUGAGUAAAGGAAAAAUAAAUUUGUAAA